UCUUGCACCUUUUUCACCUAACCGUGGUUCCUUUCCUCCUCGUUUCAAGCACUCACAAUCCACGGUAUUUUGUCCAUGCUCUUUCAAAACUCGUCUCUUCAUUUUUUUUUUUUUUUCCUUUCAUAGAGGGAGAAGGGAAAGAGAGGCUUCACAUGUAAACUGAAUAUGAUUUGUUUUAUGGGAAACUAAGUUUUCCUAGUAAAUUUUCGCAUUUGAAGAUAUCCCUGGACCAGAAAAUGGAAUACUGAUUUAUGGCCCUUUGAGAUCUUAUGCUAAUACCAAGUGGAUAAUUGCCGAGAAAGAUCAUAUUUUGUUCUAAGUGCUAAAAUGGAGAUGAAACAAGGCGUGGGAAUGAGGAAUAUUGUGUUAAAUGAUGACGAUAAGGCUAUGGCGGCUGCAGUUUUGGGUACUAAGGCAUUCGAUUUCUUGAUUUCGAGGUCAGUUUCGACGGAAUGCUCAUUCAUGUCUCUGGGGAAUGGUGAGAAUUUGCAGAAUAAGCUUUCAGAUCUUGUAGAGCGUCCUAAUGCGGCCAAUUUUAGUUGGAACUAUGCGAUUUUCUGGCAACUGUCGUACUCCAAGUCUGGUGAAUUGGUCCUGGGAUGGGGAGAUGGGUGUUGUCGAGAGCGUCGUGAAGGUGAGGAGUCGGCAAUUAGUUUCAUCUUCAAACCGAGACUUGGGGAUGAGACUCAACAAUGGAUGAGGAAAAGGGUUUUGCAGAUGUUGCACAAUUUGUUUGGGGGAAUUAAUGAGGAUAAUUCUGCUUUUGUAUUGGAUAAGGUUACAGAUACUGAAAUAUUCUUCCUUGUAUCAAUGUACUUUUCCUUCCGUAGAGGAGAAGGUGGUCCGGGGAAGUGUUUUGAAUCUGGGAAGCAUGUCUGGAUAUCCGAUGUAUUUAGGUCAUCGCUUGAUUUUUAUGUCAGGUCUUUCCUUGCAAAGUCUGCUGGUAUGCAAACAGUUGUUUUGGUUCCGACUGAUGUGGGGGUGGUGGAGUUAGGAUCAAUGCGAUCGGUCCCGGAAAACUUAGAGUUAUUGCAGAUGAUAGGAUCUUCCUUUUCUUCGUUUUCAUUGUGUGGUAUGGCCAAGAAAUCUGGCAAAAUAAAUGGAGACGGCCCUAUGUGUAACUUGGCAAUUGGUAAUAAACCCCAAGUAGUUCCUAAGUUGUUUGGGAAGGAUUUAGAGUCAGGACAUGCACAAUUGGGGGUCAACCUUUCUGUGGGGAAAUUGGAAGACAGGCAACGAGAUGAGUCUGCUAGUGGGAACAGAUUGUCAUUCGCAAACACUGUGAAUGGUUUUGAUGCUACAAUGUGGACACAAUUCAACAAUGUAAAAUCAGGGAACCCACAGAAAAGUGGCGAAGCUCAGGCCGCAGCAAAAAAAUUACACGAACUUGUCAAUAAGGCCAGGGAAGGGUUUCAGCUUAACAAUUUUCUGCAACAUAAACCAGUAAAAAUGCAUACUGAUUUCAGUGGAGUGACCUCAAGGGCCAUAACUCCUCAGCCAAUUAGUGUCGUGUCUGAGCUUUCAAAUUUUGAGGUUUUGAACAAGGAAGAACAUGCAAGCCUAUUGGAGGAGAAUAGGCCUCGAAAGCGUGGCCGGAAGCCUGCCAAUGGAAGAGAAGAGCCACUCAAUCACAUUCAGGCAGAGAGGCAAAGGCGAGAGAAGCUUAACCAGCGAUUCUAUGCACUGCGAGCUGUUGUGCCAAAUAUCUCCAAGAUGGACAAAGCCUCGCUUUUGGGAGAUGCUAUAGCAUACAUAAGUGAGCUUGAGAAGAAGUUGAAGUACAUGGAGUCGGAUAAGGAAAAACUUGGAAGCUUCUCGGGCGAGUCAUCGACUUUGGAAGCUAAACCAAAAUCAGAAAUGCCCAACCCAAUUUCCAGCAUUGAAAUCGAAAGUGUCCUUGACAGAGUCCUCGUGAAGGUAAGCAGCCCGUUGAACACCCACCCCAUAUCAAGGACUAUCCAAGCAAUCAAGGGUGCACAUGCUACUGUCCUUCAGUCGUUGGUUGUCGUGGGGAGUGAAAAGGUUUUUCACACAUUCGUAGUGAAGUCGCAAGGAUCAGAACAACUAACUCAGGAAAGGUUGAUUGAAUUACUUUCCCGUGAAUCCAACACCCCUCAGCCAUCAUCAUCAUCAGCGGGGUAAUAGUAGAAUGCAUUUGACAUAUUUUCUCUGCAAUAAUGUGUAGUUAGAAAAAUAUGAAAAACAUCUGCAGAGAUUUUGAUAUACAGCAGGUAAUGCUAGGAUUAGAAAAACAUCCUUUGAAUAGACUGAUACAGUGUUCUGUUUGUUUAUGGUACAUAGGUUCUCUUAUCAGUACAUAGUUUUGCCAGACAAGUUAAAACUUAUUAUGUUUUCAUGGAUUUGCAAUGCCUAGAAGAUGUUUCAACUUUAUUUUAGUUCAUUUGAUGGUUUUCACUAGUUGAUUGGUAAUCUUCUAAUCCCAAUUAGAUGAUUUAA